AUCUCUGCUGUCCUGUGUGAUGUGACUUCUUCAAGGAUCCUGUCAUUUUGACAUUGUGCUCACAGUGUGUGUAAAGCCUGUCUGCUGCAGUUCUGGGAGAGCAAAGGAUCCAGAGAAUGUCCCUACUGCAGGAGAAAGUGCUCAAAGGAAUUAUACCCUCUUAACAUGGCGUUAAGGAACCUGUGUGAGACCUUCUUACAGGAGGGAAGUCAGAGAGCUUCAGCAGGGUCUGAGGUGCUCUGCAGUCUGCACAGUGAGAAACUCAAGCUCUUCUGUCUGGAGGAUAAACAGCCUGUGUGUGUGGUGUGUCGAGACUCCAAAAAACACACCGGCCAUAAGUUCCAUCCUAUAGAUGAAGCAGCACUUGACCGCAAGAAGGAGCUGAACAUUACACUGCAGCCCUUACAGGAGAAACUGAAGGCCUUUCAGGAGGCUAAACUCACCUGUGAUGAAACAGCAGAACACAUUAAGACUCAGGCCCAACACACAGAGAGGCAGAUCAAGGAGGAGUUUGAGGAGCUUCACCAGUUUCUACAAGAUGAAGAGGCAGCCAGGAUAGCUGCACUGAGGGAGGAAGAGGAAGGGAAGAGUCAGAUGAUGAAGGAGAAGAUUGAGAAGAUGAGCAGAGAGAUCUCAUCUCUUUCAGACACAAUCAGAGCCAUAGAAGAGGCAAUGGGAGCUGAUGACAUCACAUUCCUGCUGGUAUUCUUGUUAGUGAAUCUCUUUAGCAUUGAAUGCACACUGCAGGAUCCAGAGAGGGUUUCAGGAGCUCUGAUCAAUGUGGCAAAACACCUGGGCAACCUGAAGUUCAGAGUCUGGGAGAAGAUGCAGGAGAUUGUUCAAUACACUCCUGUGACUCUGGAUCCCAACACUGCAGACCCAAAACUCAUCCUGUCUGAGGAUCUGACCAGUGUGAGAUACAGUAGUGAGACACAGCAGCUUCCUGAUAACCCAGAGAGAUUUGAUGAAGGUCUCUCUGUCCUGGGCUCUGAGGGCUUUAACUCGGGGACACACUGCUGGGAUGUGGAGGUUGGAUACAGUGAUUACUGGUCCCUGGGAGUGAAGACAGAGUCUAGUCAGAGGAAGGGAUGGAAUACCCAAAGGGGAGUCUGGCGUGUGUUUCAUAAUAAUGGUGCAUCUGAAGCACGCUCUCCAUCCCUGCCAGACACUGUCGUCAGAGUGAAGCAGAAACUCCAGAGGAUCAGAGUGCAGCUGGACUUGGACAGAGGAGAGCUGUCAUUCUCUGACCCUGAUAAUAGCACACAACUACACACUCUCACACACACUUUCACUGAGAGAGUCUUUCCAUUCGUUUGGACUCUCUCAGGUGCCCCUGUUAGGAUUUUACCAGUAAAAUCUUGCAUUACGCUGAAGCAUCACAGUUAGAGCUCAUACAGCCUCUGUCUUACCAUGGAUGAUAAGAAUCCAAAACCCUGAUAGUAACACAC